UGGUUUUUGGGGGCUUCUCGGGAGGAGCUCUCUGGAAGAAAAAUCAAAAAAGCAGAAGUUACAGAGGAGAGGGGGAGCUUGCUGGUUCCGGGGGAUCUUAGGAAGUGAAGCUUGAAGAAGAAGGGAGCGUCCCCAGAUAUGGAUAGCUAGUAGUUGAUGUAUUGUUGGAUGAAGUUUGAGUUAUAAGUGUGCUUUGAUAUUAUUGACUCAUGCUUUGUUCACAAACCCUCAUUUAACCACUCACAUCCGAGAUCACCAUACCCAUUUUUAUUUUUUUUUGGAUCUCCUCAUGCCCAUCAUCUCUCACGCACAUCCCCAACUCUGUCAUCCCUCACCACACUCACCCAUUAUCGUUCCCACCACCAUUUUCUCUCUCUAGCUCCACCCCCUACGUCAGCUCUCUCUCCAGCCUAGGACGCGGCUCUGGAAGCGGUGUUUUUCUUCUACAGCACUCCGGCGAGCCCCAUGCACUUCGCACCUUGCGUAAUGCUGUCGCCAUCUAUUUUCACCGCAGCCUCGUCGUCCACCAGCGCCGGGUUCGAUUACUCCACGCGGCUCGCUUGCUAUGGGAGCUCCGCGGCAGCGACGUCGAGGAUGCUGUCAGCAAAUGAGCUCUUCCUCAAUGGCCAGAUUCCGGCCGACAAAGCCCUCCACGCUCCCACGAAGGCUGCAGCAGCGAGCUCUCCACCGACGCCAGGCCGCUGCAGUUGGGCAUGUCCGAGGUGGCGCGAGAGGUUGGCAGCUUGGACCAACUCCGAGGACCUCCGGCGACGCCUUUCUCACCUCAUCUUUCUCCGUCGUAGUCUUCCUGAGGUGAAGGAGAAGAGCACGUGGCUGAAGGGCCCAAAGAGAAGAUGAGUAUGGGUUUGGAUUUUAGUGGGUUGGGCCCAAAAGAAAAGCCCAAGUUUGUGAAGGCUUUAAUUGCCUUGGGCUUGCCCAUUGACAUCUUUAGACUUGGGCUUGGAUUGGGGCAUUAGGCCCAGAUUUAUGAUGGAUGAUUAAAGCAUAAAUUUCUCAAUAAAUUUUCUCAACCCCAAUUUCUAAA